GUGAAGUCUAGGCACUUCAAUGAGGUGUCAAGAUGGUGCGGUUUAAUAUUGCCAUGAAUCAUCAGAGAACCUCUCUGCUGUGUUUUCUUACUUUCCUUCUGUUCUGGGAUUACUCUGCUAGCCAGAGAACAGUCCAAAUACAACAGGGACGGCUUUACAGAGCAAAGGGCUAUCCAGUGACCAUAGCGUGUAAUGUGAGUGGAUAUGAAACAAACACACAACAGGAGUUUGAAUUCUCUUACUUCAGCCCCGACAAUCCACAACAAGAAAUAAACAUAAUCAGCACAAAGGACACCAACUUUGUCUAUGCUAAAUAUGGAGGAAGAGUUAGGCAAAACGACAUUUUCAUUGACAGACGCUCCAAAGACUCAGUUUUGCUCCACAUUAGAAAACUAGAAGAUGGCGAUACAGGAGAGUAUGAAUGUCAUACUCCAAACACUGAUUCGAAAUACUUUGGAACCUACAACGACAAAAUGAACCUUACAGUCAUCGAUGACACACUUGAUGCAACACUGGGUGAAGAGACUCUUAAUAAAUUUGAAGGGGACCCUCUGCAGUUGAAAUGUGAGGUAUCAAAACAAACCCUCCAGCACACACACAUAUCAGUGACCUGGUACCUUAAUAAAACACAGGAUCUGAGACUUCCAAUCAUCUCACUGAUGAGGGGUUUUGUCUUGAACCCUGGAAGUGAAUACAGAGUCAGGUAUGAAGCAGGACACAUCGGAUUGGAUAAGAUCGGGGAGACAACCUACAGGCUGAGUAUCUCCCAGCUGCAGCAAUCAGACCAGGGGCAGAUCUACUGUGAAGCCAACGAGUGGAUCCAGGAUCCGGACAGAUCCUGGUACCAAAUUGCUUCAAAAACAACAGCAGCCAUUACUGUUAAUGUUCAGAGUGUGGUGAAAGAUUUCAAUACACAGAUUGUGACCAACCAAGGACCACUUAAAGAAGGAGACACUUUAGAGAUAAGAUGCACAGUGGAAGCUCAAAAUAUUCCAGACCGCUACUUUUCAGUGGUUUGGUUAAGAAACAAUGAGGAAAUGGCCAGCUUCGGACCUACUGGUGUACCGGACAUUGGGGAUAGCUACAGAACCAGAGAGAGCAAUAGGCAGGUGAAAGUCGUCAAAAAAAGUAACAACGACUACUUAUUUAUAGCCUACCAUGUCAGCAAAGAGGACAGUGGAUCAUAUCAAUGCAGAGUUACCGAAAUGGAGAAAGGAUCAGGUGAAAAUUUCAUAGGCAAGACACCAAAAUCUUCAUCUGAAGUAGUGCUUGAUAUCCGCCCUUUACCAAGCAACCUAAGUGUUGUUGUUUCAAGUAACACAGUUGAUAUUACUGAAGGAGAUUCUCUUCACUUUGACUGCAAGGUCACGGGUUCACAAGGGCAUCUGUCAGUCACCUGGCGACUCAGCCAGGAUCAUGAUAUCAUUACCCUGAACCAGAUUGGUGUGCUACAGCCUGGCAGCUCAUACCAGGAGCGCAUUAGGAGUGGAGACAUCCGCGUGGACAGAGUAAGCCAGGAGCUAUUCACCCUGGAGAUUUCCAACUCCCUGGCUUCAGACCAGGGCACAUACAUGUGCGUUGUGACAGAGUGGACUAUCGAGGCCAAUGACAAGUGGAAGCAAGAGGAAAGCAAGUUCCACAAAGUUGCUGUUACAAUAACCUUGCUAAGGUCAGUCCUAACUGCAGAGCUGAAGAGUCGCACAAUAAAUGUCAAAGAUACUGAAAAUAUAACUCUGCGAUGCAAAGUCAAAGGACCCAAGGUUCCACUAACCAUAACCUGGACAUUCAUGGCCAAGGGGUCACAAACAGAGAACAUAGUGGCGAUCCACUAUGAUGGUAAAACCACCUGGGGGGAAAAAACUAGUAACUUUAAAUUCAAAACCAUAGUGGAGAAGACAGAAACUGACUCUAAUUUAAAAAUCACAAGGGCCAGCUCAACAGAGAUGGGGAAAUAUCAAUGUGUGGCAGAGGCGUGGAUAAAUAAAGUACAGUUGGCAACUGUUUCUUCCAAUGAUUUAGAAGUGAUUGUCAGUAAACCAGUCAGCAAGCUGUCCAUCUCCAGUGAGCCUUUGACUAUUAAGAGUAAAGCGAAUGCUAAUGUGGAGAUAGAAUGUAACAUUACAGCCAGUACCUAUGAGGACUCCCAGUUUGAAGUGACCUGGUAUGCCAGUAAGUAUGACAAGGAGCUCAGCAAUAAAACAAUUCUGAAAACCGACCGCAACAACAUCCUAAUGCCAGGAGAACUGAUGAACUCACACGAGAUGAAGAAUAAAUACCAAAGCAAGAGGUGCUCCGGAAGUUCCUACAAGCUGAGCAUUCUGCAGACUGAUCUUACUGACUCUGGAAAAUACUACUGUGUUGUAGAAGAGUGGUUGCAGGAUGCCAACAACAGCUGGUAUACUCUGGAUAAAAAGAGCGUUGAAAUAGAAGUCGACAUUGCAUCUAUAGAGAAUAAGUUACAAGUCUCAAAAACCAACACCACCACGAUAGUCCAUGAAAACAAGGAAUUCAAGGUUAACUGCACCUUCAGCAAUGAAGUUCAGUCAACUUCUCAGUUCUCUGUUAUUUGGUAUUAUCAGAAUUCCAGUUAUACCAAGAAACCCCUUCUGAAACUUAAGCCGAAUUCUAUGUUUGAAUUUCUGGGAGGAGACAAAGAACUGAUGAAGAGAAUGCAGUUCUACAGUCCUUCUGUUGGGACUUACAGUCUGGUGAUACAGAAGGCUGAUGUUGGUGACAGUGGCUUUUACUCAUGCCAGGUAGAUGAGUGGAUAAUGAACUCCAAGAAUCAAUUGCAUUUCCAAUCUAGUGAUGUAUCGGGCUUCACUAAUGUUGAAAUACAUCAUCCAGAGAAGAAACUGCAUGUGGUUAAAAGUGAUGUAAGCAUCUCCUUAGUGGAGAAGCAGGGUAGCUUUAAAUUGAAGUGCAGCAUUGACUCCAUCUCAAGCAGAGAGUCCACGUUUGAGGUAACCUGGUGGAAGAGGACUGAGCAAGGAGAGAACCAGGCCAUUUUUAUAGCACAGCGCAAUUCUACAUUACGUUUCCUAAAUGGGACCAAGAGCAGUUUACUGUUCGAAAGACCCACUGCCAAGCUGUAUACCCUAACUGUGCAAAGGGCAGAAGUUACGGACAGUGGGAGCUAUUACUGCCACGUGAAGGAGUUGCUGCUCUCCCCAAGAAACCAGUGGCAUGAAAUUGCAGCAGAUACUUCUGGAACUUCAACAGUUAACAUAAAGCAAGAAGAGCACAGCAUCUUCUCUACAGUCUGCGCCUCACAGUCUCUGUUCAGCUUUGUCUUCAUCUACCCCUUCAUCGUUAUUGUGCUUCUGAUAAUGGUCAUAUUAUAUUUAUAUUACAAGUUAUGGAAAGCGGGGGGCACUCACAAGUCAUGCAAGGAAAAUGGCCCAUCUCUCUGGCCAGAAGGGGAUCCACUUAAAUUUUUCAAUGAGAUAGAUGCCCAAGAUGAAAAUCCAAACAGUGGUGAUGUAGAAAUGAACAGUGGCACGCGAGAAUUAACUAACUUCCUCAGCUUUGAUUCGGAAAGGAGUAACAAUUCACAAAAAGUGUCCUAAAAAACAUGGCUAGUCCAAGAUUAGUGCAAACCGGGGUCUGUGAAACUAGUCGUCAAUUAUUAAAUAUUCAGUAUACCAAAAAGUGUAUUGGUAUCUUGACCUAUACUACCCUUUUCUGUUAUAAAACUGCAUUUUAUAUGUAUCUUUAACAGAGCCAAAGCCUUAAAACAAAAAUAGAUUUAAAAAAAGCUUUUUGGGUCACCUUAAAAGUGUCACUAUAUUUAUAUUACUUUAUCAGAGCAAAUACCUGUUAACUACUUCCUGUCAGAAACUCCAAGCAAGCUUUUGUAUGUUUUUAAAGAAGGGGAACUUUACUAGCUUAAUAUAUAAUGUACAGUAUAUUAAUGCAUGGCGAUUUGUGUCAAAAAUGUACUUAUGUACAUGGUGUAAAGGCACUUUUCAAGAUCGAUCAAAAUGCUUUCAUAUUGAGGCCUUUGAAAACUGUUGUUUUGUUCCUUUGGAUAACAUUUUGAAGUACUUCUCCAUUUUUUUU